UAAAGCAGCCAUUCUAUCUCGAGCUCUCCCAGCAUCAGCACCACGGAAUUACGAGCAAUCUCUGUCUGCUUCUGAAACGGAGAAGAGUAUCGGUUUCAAACCUGCAGGGCGAAAUCUAGACAAGGCGACACGGAUUUCAGUGUCGAAAGGGGAAGUUGGAAGGCAAAUAACAGGUGCGCAAACAAUCCACAGCUGUCGCUGUGUCAUUUUGGACACCAUGGACGCGCUAAUGAAGGGGUUCUCGAAAGCCAAGGAUGGGGUCGUGGCAGCAGCGGAGAAGACGAAGCAGGGAGUAACUGGGGCGGCUGAGAUGACAAAAGGUGGCGUUAUCUUUGUCGGCAACAAAACAAAGGAUGGAGUCACAACAGUUGCAGGUAAAACAGUGUCUGGCGUUUCCCAGGUGGGCGGAGCCAUGGUAACAGGUGUGACAGCAGUGGCUCACAGGACUGUGGAGGGGGCGGGGAAUAUUGCUGCUGCGACUGGAUUGGUCAAGAAAGACACAGCCAAACAGGAUGAAGAUACUAUGUCUAAAGACUCACCUAUCAAGGAGUCACCAGUGGACCCAGAGGGUGGUGAUACUGCUGCAGAGGAGGAUUCCGAUGGCUAUUAGAAGUACAGCACUGUCAAGUGCCUCAUCUCAGAACAUUCCAGAACUACUGUAACAAUCCAGAAUCAACUAUCAAAACAUUCCAUGUCACCCUGCCAAGUCCGGUUGUGCCUCGUUGUGUUCCUUAAUGGAGUCUGUACCGUGCGUGUGCGUAUGACUCUGUGUGUGUAUCUAUUAGUGUGUGUGUAACCUGUGUAUGGGUGUGUCUUAAUGCUUAGUGGGUGUACGCCAGUGUGUGUGUGUGUGUGGGUCAGUGUGUGUCCUGGAGUCUCCGUCAGUCAGUCCUGAGUGGGGUCUAUACGCCCAUCUUCAGUAACUCCCUCCCACUAAGGCAGCCACCUGGACACAGAAGGGACUACCUUUAUGUUCUGUCUAUCUGUCUGUGGACUUUGAAGUAAAUACAAAUACUGUAAACAGGACGGUGUCCGCCCACUCUGCUCCGAGGGUGGGAAAACGCAUGUUUUUUUGGUGAUGACAUGUCACUUCCUUAUGUUAUAAAAUAAAUUAAACCAAGACAAAUAUGA